GCCCUGCUUCUCUCUGGCUUCAAAGACACAGCUAGCGAGAGAGCGAGAGAGGAGAGAGCGAGCACACUGACCCGCUGAGGAAACUGAACAGUGCAAGUGAUUGACAGGUGUCCCGUGUAGCAUGCGUUGGUGUGCGGUCGCAGUUCUGCUGAGAGUCGCAGGCUGCAGCCUUGCAGCCCUCCCCCUCGACAACGCCCCCAGUAAGCCACUGGUCCGCUGCUGGUCUCCCAGUUACCCUGAGAAGGUUCUGUGCAGCUGGACGCUGGAGCGAGACACUCACCUGCCUACUGAGGUCACUGCCACCUACAGUCUGGGUUUUAAAGGGAAGGUGCAGCAGUGUGUGAGGGACGCUCUGGACGACUCGCUCUGUGUGAUAGAGGAGCCUGAACUCUACUCAUCUCUCCCCUACUACAUCAACGUGUCAGCGAGCAACACAGCCGGGCAAGCAAGCACCCUGCUGCCAUUCAUCGUGGAGAACAUCGUGAAACCUGACCCACCUGUCAAUGUCAUGGCCACACCCACCCCUGGGCGGAGCCGGCAGCUGUCACUGCAGUGGGCCCCGCCUCCCAGCUGGCCACUCCCCCAGCUCUUCCCUCUCAAGUACCUGGUGCAGUACAGCUGGGGCCAGGACAAGCACAGCCGCACAGUCGGCCCCUAUGAGGAGACCCGCUGCACUCUGAAGGGUCUGCGGCCGCGCUCCUCCUACACCGUCCGCAUCUCCGCGCUGGACUUCAUCGACAACGGAGAGGCCAGCGAGUGGAGCGAGCCAGCCAGCGCCAACACCACCUGACAGCCCACUGAUGCCCACACAGAGUAGUAUUUUGUAUCGUUGCUAGUAAAGAUUCACUCUGAUUAAAUAUAAGUACCCUGUAUAAGUAGGUUUGUAUCAUAGGAAUAUUUCUCCAUUUAUCCACGAGCACAGAGCAGGUCAGUUGCAGUCUUUCAUUAGUGAUCCCUGCUCAUGUUUGUAGAUAGGCAAUGUGUUUGUAUCCUCGUGUAUUAGUCAUGCGCUGUGUUCCUGUGGGUUGAUUUCUGUGAUGCUGCAUAGCUGAUGUGAUCGGGACUCUACAGUGUAAACCACGUGCUGAUCUGCUUUGUAACGCUUCCAUAAUAAAACGUGUUUAACUGACA